AAUUGAAAAAUAUUCUAAUUUUAUAUUUAAAAAACAAACAUUUGAAUUUUAAUUGAAUUUUAAAGGGAUAAUUCAGCCAAAAAUUAAAAUUCUGUCAGUACUUAUUCACCCUCAUGUCGUUCUAAACCCGUUCGACCUCCGUUCAUCUUCGGAACACAAAUAAAGAUAUUUUUGUUGAGUUCUGAGAGCUCUCUGACCCUCCUAUAGACAGCAAUGUAAUUACCAUGAAUACCAUCGGUAAAAUAAAUAAAAAUAAAUAAAUAUUGACAAAAAUCACCUUUAAAGUUGUCCAAAUGAAGUUCUUAGCAAUGCAUAUUACUAAUCAAAAAUUAAGUUUUUAUAUAUUUACGGUAGGAAAUUUACAAAAUAUCUUCAUGGAACAUGAUCUUUACUUAAUAUCCUAAUGAUUUUUGGCAUAAAAGAAAAAUGGAUAAUUUUGACCCACACAAUGCUACAAAUAUACCCGUGCUACUUAUGACUGGUUUUGUGCUCCAGGGUCACAUAUGACAGAAUGCAGGUUGUGUACUACCACAGCUGCAUGUGCCAGCCCAGCAGCUACCAUUGCUAAUGAAUGGGAAGGCUAAUGGAUAGCUUUCUCCAGGUAUUACAGACCUCACUGGGAAAACCAAUCUGGUACAAGUGGCACAGGAGCUCAAAGAAGCACUAGAGUCCCUUUUCCCCUCUGAAUAAGAUAAAGAGCCCAAGGGUGGAAGUGCUUGAUCUAACAGAAACAGACAAACUCCAGGGUGCUGAAAACAGUCUGAUGUUUGCCAGGGUCUUUUUCUGAGCGCAGGCACUGUUAUCUAGCAACAGACCACAGUGAAACAGUACAGGAAAUCUCUGAUUGUUGACUUCUGGUACAUUCACUGAUGGAAUGAUGGCUUCAAAAGGCACUAUGAAAGAAAAACAGCGCUGUCUGUCUCUUCUUCAUCUCAGGAGGCCGGAAGAUUUGGAUACUCUGACUGAAUGAGUGUCAUUGUGGCUGGAUGCAGUCCUUUGAGAUGCUAAUGUCUCUGCAGACAUUUAACAGACUGUUCUUAGAGCAGAGAGCAGAAGUAACUCACAACAUGGGGAUUCACCGUCAGAUGUGUUUCCUUGCAAGUUUGCUGCUUGUUAUUCAUGCUGGACCGAUUUCACAGCCAUCUGACAAAGAUGAAGCCAUCGCGGAGGAUUACCUGAGAAAAUUCUACGAUCUGGAAUACUUGGUAUCUAGUUCUUUUCAUCAGCCAGAAAAAGAUGUCGAUCCACUGUCUGAUAAGCUAAAAGAGAUGCAGAAGUUUUUUGGGCUGAAGGUGACUGGAAAGCUGGACAAAAAAACACUGGAGGUGAUGAAGAAGCCCCGCUGUGGUGUUUCAGAUGUUGCUGCAUAUUCCACAUUUGAAGAAGAAAAACCCAAAUGGCGGACCAACAAGCUCACCUACAGAAUCGUGAACUACACCCCUGACAUGUCAAGAGCUGAAGUGGAUAAAUCCAUAGAGAGAGCAUUGAAGGUCUGGGCUGAAGUCACUCCUCUGAAAUUCACCCGUAUCAACAAGGGCACAGCUGACAUCAUGAUCUCCUUUGCUACAAAAGAUCAUGGUGAUGGUCAGCCAUUUGAUGGACGACAAGGCACUUUGGCUCAUGCAUUUGCUCCUGGUUCUGGAAUCGGUGGAGACGCACAUUUCGAUGAUGAUGAGAUUUUCACUUUGCGCUCAUCAAGAGGUCAUGUCCUGUUCUUGGUGGCCGCCCAUGAGUUUGGUCACUCUUUGGGUCUAUCUCAUUCCAGAGUUCGUGGGGCUCUUAUGUUUCCCACAUACAGCUUUACUGAUCCGAAUGUUUUUUCUCUGUCCAAUGAUGACAUCACAGCUAUUCAGUCACUCUAUCCGUGAAAUCGGAUAAGUUCAGAAUACUCAAAAUUUUUGUGGACAACGAUUAAAUAACAAUGAAGUCAAACUGAAAAGCUUAAAUUAGUUUUUACUUUGUGUUUAUGUGCACUGUACUUUACAAUUAUUGUUUACCAUAUGUAAUGUUUUUCAUUUCUCAGUUAUUUUGAUGUAGUGGUACAAUGCAAUAAAAACGACACACACAACUUUGGCUACAAUUGAGGAUUUUUUAUUCAGCCUUUUUAAAACCUUGUGACUAUGUAUCACUGAAAGUCAAACACACUGGAAGAACUUUAUUUUAUAUACAAUGAAGACAGU